AUGGGUGGGACCAUUACAUCAUGGUCGCAAAGUAGUGAGAUGGUUGCUCAAUGUAGUAGAGUGUCGUUAAGAGAGGAGAGCCAUGAAUCAGAGAUUUUGUCGGUGAAUAUUGAAUCAUGGUUAAGCACUAAGACUUCAAGUCCUCUUGUGAGCUGUGUGAAUUUUGGAAAUGGACCUGUUAGAGCUGAUGUGAUCUCUUGGUUUGAAGUUGAGGUGACAAAAGAUGACUAUCCAGUCAUUUACCAUGACAAUUUCAUCCUCCAUGAAGACAAGGGUGUCAUUGUCGAGAAAAGAGUUACAGAAGUUACUUCAGCUGAAUUUCUUUCCUAUGGACCCCAGAAAGAGCCUGGAAAGCUGGGGGAAUCGAUUUUCAGGAAAACAAAGAAUGGGAGGAUCUUUGAAUGGAAGGUUGAAAAAGAUGCUCCUCUGUGUACAUUGGAAGAGGUUUUCCGGAAUGUUGAUCAGUCCUUGGGUUUUAAUAUCGAAUUGAAGUUUGAUGAUCAGAUUGUUUAUGAGGAAGAGGAAGUCUCACGUUUACUUCAAGCUAUCCUGAAGGUGGUGUUUGAGAAUGCAAAGGACAGACCAGUCAUGUUUUCAAGCUUUCAACCUGAUGCGGCCCAGUUGGUUAGAAAAUUACAGAGCACAUACCCUGUAUUUUUCCUCACUAAUGGAGGAUGUGAAAUUUACACGGACAUAAGAAGGAAUUCGUUGGAUGAGGCUAUUAAGCUCUGCCUGGCCACUGGCUUGCAUGGGAUUGUAUCCGAAGUCAGAGCUAUCUUUAGAAGUCCUGGAGCGGUUGAAAGAAUCGAAGAGUCGAAGCUUUCCCUCAUAACCUAUGGCCAACUGAAUAAUGUGCCAGAGGUUGUUUACAUGCAACAUCUAAUGGGUGUAGAGGGAGUUAUUGUUGACCUAAUUAAGGAGAUUACUGAGUCAGUAUCGAAUUUAACCCAACCAACGGAGGGAGAAGAAAAAGGCUUAUUUGGAGAGGGAGGGAAGAUGCAACUGAACGCAAAGCCCCAAUUUUCAAAGGAUGAACUCUCCUUUCUACCAAAGCUAAUACCAGAGCUUAUUCACUCUUGA